AUGGCCACGAGCACCUCUACUGCCACUUUCACUAAGAGCAAUGACCCUACAGCACAGCAUGGAUACCCACGCGAACCCUUGAAGUCGAAAGGUGUACUGAAUGCAUAUAAAUCGUUCGAAGUCACGCCAGUCAUCGGUCGCGAGUUCGUUGAUGUGAGCCUGAAGGAAUGGUUGCGCGCACCAAACUCUGAUGAGCUGAUACGCGACCUUGCGAUUACAAUCUCUCAGCGUGGUGUUGUCUACUUUCGCAAGCAGGAUGACUUGACCGAUGAGCUUCAGAAAGAGCUGGCACAACGUCUCGGCGAGCUCUCGGGUAAGCCAGAAACAUCCAAAUUACAUAUUCAUCCAGUCAGAAAUGCCGGAAACCGUCUUGGGGGCAACGACAAUGAGAUCAGUGUCAUCAGCUCAGACCUGGCGAAGCAGCUCUUCAAGGAGAGGUCACAGAGCGGCAAAAGUGGCUGGCACAGCGACAUCACUUUCGAGCCAGUACCAAGCGACUAUGCGAUCUUAAGGAUGACUCAGCUACCAAAAUCUGGGGGCGACACUCUUUGGGCCUCUGGAUAUGACCUUUACGAUCGCCUCUCGAAACCAUACCAGAAGUUCUUCGAGUCUCUUACAGCGACAUACGCGCAGCCGGAUUUCAAUCGUGCUGCCAAAGAAAAUAAAUUCCCCGUUUACACCGCUGCGCGAGGUGCACCGGAGAACACUGGCGACUCACUGAGCGCUGUUCACCCCUGCGUCCGUACGAACCCCGUCACAGGAUGGAAGUCUCUCUACAGCGUCGGGCACCAUGUCCAACGUAUCAAUGAGUUGAGUGCAGAAGAAUCAAAGCGCACUAUAGAUUGGUUUCUACAGCUCAUUACUGAAAACCACGAUCUGCAGAUCAGACAUAGAUGGCAGAAUCCAAAUGACGUGGCGAUCUGGGACAACAGGAGCGUGUUACACACCGCGACGUAUGAUACCGACGGCCAGGGCCCGAGGAAGGGGUUUAGAGUUGUCAGCUUGGGCGAGCGACCAUAUCUGGAUCCGCAAAGUACGAGUAGGCUGGAAGCGUUGAGGCUGGAGGAAGGACAGUAG